AUGUCUCAAAAUGUACCAUUCAGAAUUAUACCAUCCAACAAUACACAUUUAUCGAAGUUGAAUGAGUUGCCACUUUUAUUUGAUGAUGGGAUGCAGUACAGUGGGUACAGAAGUAUUGUAUCUUACUUAUCAAGCAGGUAUGGGAAUGGAAACACAAUUCCACUUUUGGAGAACGAUAAAUUACUUGAUGAUAGCUUGAUAUCAUUCUUGGAAACCAAAUUAGAGGCUCUAAACAAGUACAACCUUUUCUCAAAUAGCAAAAACUAUGAAAACUAUACAAGAAAGUUGUUUUCGAAAUUUUUCCCAUUCCCAAUGAUGUACAACCAGGCUCUGAAUUUUUAUAACGAAGCCCAGCGUCAGGUACAAUUGUUAGGAUUGGGGGAGACUAAAUCAUCAUUUUUGAAUUUCACAAGCAGUGGUGACAAUACUCAGACAGAGUAUUUCAAUGGUGAGCUAGAUGAAGGUGCUGAAAACUCAAAGGCAAUUAGCGGUCUUCACGAAAAGUCUUUGAUGCAAAAAUCGGAGGCGAAGAAAGCUUUGAGAGAAUCCAAGAGUUCUAUGAGAUGCCUUAUAUUGGCAGAACAGUUCUUAGAGAGGCUCGAAAAGCUCAAGGCUGAGCAGAAUAAAGAAGGAAAAUUUACUUUUGGCGAUCUACCAUCAGCCGGGGAUAUUUUGUGCUUGGCUUACUUUUCCUCUCUAACUCACCCAAGCCUACCAGAUAGAUUUAUCAAUAAUUUUUUGACAACAAAUAACUCAGCUUGGUUUAGAUCCUACCUGGAUCGUUUACGAGAUGUACAAUUUGGUAGUCCUAAAGCUAGUGCAUUUAGAAAACCAACUGGAAAGGAAGUACCUAGUUUAUUUAAUGAGGUAGGCUAUUGGACCGGGCUAAUUAGCUAUUAA